AUGACUCAAAACAUGAAGACCAAGAAAACUGCUAAGGUAUCAAAGAAAGAAGCUAAAAAAAAUAAACCUAAGAGAGCAAUGACUGCAUUUAUGUAUUUCGCUAGCAGUAGGAGAGCAGAGAUUACGGCUGAGAACCCAAGUUUGAGAUCCCAAGUUGCCGAAGUUGCUAAGAUUCUUGGUGAAGAGUGGAGAGGGAUGAGUGAAUCAGAUAAGGCACCAUUCCAGAAGCAGGCAGAUGCGGACAAAAAAAGGUACGAGCGAGAGAAGGCGCAGAUGGCAGGACAAUAA